AGUAUUUAACUCCCUCAAAUUAUGGAAGGUUUCACGAAAGUUUGAAAUUGUAUUGUCGCGAGUGAAACACGUGACACGUUCGAAUUUUCAAUAAUUCAUCCACGAUCAGGUAAACGUGAUAUUGAAAAGUGGAAAGAUUUCGAGAGAAAAAAAUAUAGUGUGAGAGUUUGGAGUUAAGAGUCCUUAUUACAUUCAGAAUGAUCUCUGAAAUAUUGAAGAACAGUUGACGUGCAAAAAGGAGCAGCAGUACGGCUCUCUAUAACAGGUGCAUGUCAUCGAUUAAAAAGUUUGCCCUUUUGUCAGCUGUAAGACAAGAUGGGCGAUUGAAUUUUACCAAUAUGAACCCCACACCAGGAACACCUCCCGGUCCGGUGCAUGGGGUCAACGUUAUGUUGGGAGGAGCAAUGAUUAGUGGUAUUCUACUAGUAUUAUUCAUUAUGUGUUAUUGUUGCAAUAAAACCAAUAGAAAAUCACAACCACAAUUGGGAAGUUACUGGAGAGAUCCGGGAUUAUCGAUGGAAAUAUAUACCGUCGAAUCAGCCCAAAACUGGCUGGUAUCAGAAGACCUCUGCAACGAAAUUCAUCGACCAUCUACGCCUGGUCCGCCACCAGCGUAUGAAGCAGUUGUUCCAAUUCAUACUAAUGACCAACAAAACAUCAAACAAGAUGACAGCGGCCUACCGAGCUAUGAGACUGCAGUGCAGCAUCUAAAGAGUUUUAAAUCAUAAUUUUUAUACUAAACUGGACCAUAAGUUGAGAGUUAUCAGUGAUUGUUUUUUCGUUAAAUUAUAUAGACCAAAAAAUUGAAAACAAUAAGAAGUUUUUUGGAUAAUAUUCACUGAUAUCAUCACCAGCUAACCUAGUUGUUUUUUACAGUCUUAUCUAUAUAUAUAUUAUCCUUUUAAUGCAUAGAACAAAUGCGUUUUAUAUUGGGAUUUCAUAUUGGGAUGCACAACAUUAAAUCAUUUUAAUAUUUGUUUACCGUCCAGUCUGCACCAAAUUCGAACCGAAAACGGAAACAGAUAAAGAAAUUUUUCCUUUUGUUCAUGAGAUAAAUGGAAAUAACUUAUGUUUAGAAUUUUUUUUACAACGUAUAUCCAUCUGACGAAUCGUACACCCAACGAAAUUUUAAAUACGGACCUAGAUUUUUUGAAUUCUAUCAAUCACUAAUUUAAUUUUUGUUAGAUAUACUAAGUUGGGAUUACGAAUUUAAUCCGUAAUCAGUCAUGAUAAUAUAAUUAUGAGUGUUUUCAAUACUACUUUUCAUACACUUUUCUAUAGCCGUAAUCAAUCAAAAUCAAAAAUACUAAUAGUCCGCUGAAAUAAGAUCAAAAAGUCGAUCUAACAUCAACUUUUCCCUAUAAGGAGUAUUAUGUCCCUAAUCAACCCACGAUUAUUAUCUAAAUUCACUCAAUACACAGUUUACAUGAUCACUACACCAAGUUAUCGUCUUCAGAGACUGAAGGUAAACUCUGAAGACGAUAACUUGAUUAUCGAAACGCGCGUCCGUCGGUGUAAUUGUGAGUGUUGGUGUAGUGGUAGUGUAGACAGUAUGAAUAUCACCAACGGUUACAGAAAUUCCAAAUUCUUUAAUAAAUUUCGCUAUAACUAGCGAUUUAAAAAAGUAUUCAACCAUUUAUUUCACGAAAACAUGGAAUAGAGAAGCUGGCGUUUUCCAAUUCUGAACAUUCAAAAUAACAACCACGUAAAGUGACUGCUCAUUUCAUGAACAUUAACAAGUUUGAGUUGUAAUUUAAUAGAUUAUAUGAAUAAAAUUUGAAAAAUUUCAAUUACAAUUCUUUUUUAAACUUUAACUGAAAAAGAUUUUCUGUUGAUAAAUGGAUGCUAGCAUUUGUUAUGAAUUAUAAAAAUAUAGGCCUUCAAAAACUAUAAAAUUUGAGAGAAAAGUCAAUUUUGAAUACGAUCAGUGCAUAAAAAACUCAUGAACGAGAUUAAAAGUAAACAUUUCCAAAAUUAUCUAGAUCGAAACAACCGACCACUCAAAUAUUUGAAACCUCAAUAAAUGGAACAUCCCCAACGUUGUAUUUAGGAAGGGUUUAGGGGGGCUGAAGCCCUAGGCCUCAGACAGGUAGAGGCCUUGCAAAAUAUUAAUUUGAAUUAUUUAAAAAGCAGUAUUGAAUCCGUGGCAAAAUUUACAUUUUUUUCUAAAAAUAUUAAGUUUACAAAAAUUCGAAAUAAUUUUGAUUUAUUUAAGUGCGCCUCGAGUCGAUUUUAACUCCAGGACUCCUCUACUUAAUACGACGCUGAACAUCCCAUUAAAAAUAAAGAUAGAGACUAGGCAAAAACUAAUAAGGAUCAAGCAAUAGUUAUUCAAGCAACACUUGCAAAUUGUAUUUAAAUCUUUUCCUAUGGGAACUUCUCAAGAAAUGACGCAAGAAACAAAUAAUAGUCUAAAUAAUAAAUAUCAAAAAAAAUUCAAUUAAAUGAAUUAAAAAGACGUAAUUAAAAAAUUUUAUUCUACACAAUCUACUAAUAAAGCUACACCAAUAUUCCAUGCAGUAUUAAAACUGCAUAUUUUCCUAAUGAAUGCAAAAUUGUCAAAAAAUCAUGAAUCCGAAAACAAGUAAAGCACAUAAAUGGGGUUAUGAAGUGUUUGUAUUGAGUGGAGCAUCGAGAUUUUGUUACGAUUUUGACUUGUUCCCAAAGAAGAACACCUUGCUGUUGAUUAGGGGACCAUACCAAAAAAGCUCCAUCAACUUUAAAACAACACAACCUCAAAAAACCAUAUAAAUGGGGAUAUAAAGUGUUUGUAUUGAGUGGAGUAUCCAGAUUUUGUUACGAUUUUGACUUUGAGUCUGGAACUACAAACCAUCAUGUUACCUUCUUGUUCCCAAAGAAGAACACCUUGCUGUUGAUGAGCGAAUAAUCCCAACAAAAGCUCGAAUAAAUUUGAAACAACACAACCCCAAGAA